UCACUUAAGUACAUGAAUGUUUUGACGAAGCUAAAUUUGUAUAACCUAUACUGUAAAUUGCUGCUACAUACACUUCGAAAACAUGUGAAAACAUAUUAUAUUAGCUUACAAUCCAAAUGCAUGCCCAUGUACAAGCGACCAUGGCAAAUCCCAUUCACAGACCGGAUAUUUUUCGUUGGAAAACGACAAAGACAAAAACACCAGGCAGUAUUAAGGUGCAGCUGAAUGAGAAUGACAUAAAGCAGUGGGUGAAGAGGGUGGAGAAGGCUUCAGAGUUUGCUGUAGCUGAGGUGUUUUCCAUUAAGAGACCAUGUGGUAGAAAAAAAAGUAUGGCUCUGCAGAAUGUAGAGCAGCUACAGGAUCACAAUGAUGCGUACAGUGAAGCUCAGUCAAUUCUAAGUGAAUGGAUGAACCAGAAAUUACGUCUGGAGCUUGAAAUGGAUGAUGACGAGGAGGAAGAGGAGAAGGAAGAAUCCAAACCCACACAAUCCAGCUAUAAUAACUUUGAUGACAUGUACUUUCACCUAGCACAGGAAGAGGAGAACUCUGUAGUGCACAAUUUCCUCCAGGACCUGAUGGAAACCGAGGUGUUGGACUUUGGGAUAGUGGAGGACCUUAAAGUAGACUCUGAUCAGAAUAAGAAGAAAUGGAGGGACCCUAGCAUUACCAUGGAGGUGCGUCACAAGCAGGUAAAGGAGAACCGCAUGCGCAGAGAUGCAGAGCAUGAGAAACUGCGUAAAGAGAAGGAAGUGCUAAGGGAGGUGCGAGAGGAGGCGUGGCAACUGGAAAAGGAGAAGCAGCGAAAGAAGAGGCAGGAGGCACACAGACAGGAAGAACUGAUCCAGCAGGAGAUGAUUCGCCUACGCAGAGAGAUGGAGGAGAGGAGGAGUGUGGAGCAGCUUGCACGAAACAUGGAGAGGGAAAGACUUCAGAAACAAUGGGCCACUGAAAACUCUCUCAUUCCAAAACAUCACAAUUCCACACAGAAGAAACAGAACAAAGAUCUUCAACUUAAGCUGAAGAAGCUGGAAGCCAGAGUUCACCUUCUCGAUUUGCAAUGCAUGCACAGGCAUUUUACGGCAUGGUACUCGGUGAUAUUGGAAAGAAGGGUGCGCAUGGGCAAGACAGCGGCACUGUGUGAUUGGAGGAGGCAGCUGAGAGCGUGGCGGUCAUGGCGGGCUCUGGUCUGGGCAAGAAGAGAGGAAAAAGAAGCUGAAAGGACUGAGGAGGAGCUGAGACAGGAGCACAGGCGCUGUCAGCAGGCAGUGGAGAGUGACCGCAGGAGGCUUUUGAGGCGCUGCCUCAGUGAUUGGCGUGUGUGGUGUCAAGUAGAACAUCAUCGCAAGGAGCUUCUCCAACAACAAGAAGAAACCCGACGUAAAAUGGUUGUUUUGAUCAAUGCGGCAGCUUCUAGGAAACUAGGAGCAGAAAAAUCUCCACCAGUUAGUAACCUAUUUAAAACACUCAGUCCUAAAGAAAACAUCAGCCAUCAGGAUGUGGCAGCAGCUCCAGAAAGCAGUUCACUGACUGCACAAGCCUCAGAGACCCCGCCCACCCAGGCCUGGCAGGUGACGCGUCGCCAUGCCGCUCUCUCAUCUGCUGAGCUACAACAGCUCCGUCAGGGGCAACAGCAGCAGACCUCCCGAAGUGGAAGUGCAGAGCUUAGCGGUGGACAGUUCAAACACCGCCAUGCGGCUCUGCAGCUAACCGUAGCCGAGCAGAAGCGUCUUCUGAAAGAGCAACAGGAACAGAUUCGGCAUCUGCAAGAAAGACAGAACAUUCUGGAACAGAGGCAUGAGGCAGAGAAAAUUGCUCUGUUAGCAACAGGUCCUCCUGGAGCUACAAAUACAUGCUGUCUGCCUAAACCCAACACAGAGACAGCAAACCGAAUUACAGAAAAACCCGCAAGAACAAAGAGUGCCUCGGGGGAAAACACCAGCAGCCACACCAACCAAAAAGCAUCUCUGCAUUGUGCAGCUCUUCCCCAGCCUACAGUACAAGCCAUGAAGGAACGAGCACAGCAGCGUGCCGAACGCCGGAGAGAGAUAGAGGAGCGGAGGAGACAGAAACAGGAGGAGAAACUGGCUCAAAUGAAGGCAGCUGAGGAGGAAAGACUCAGAGCUGAGGAAGAGGAGAAACAAAAGGAGGUAGAGAGGAAGAAGGAAGAGAAGAGGCAGCAGAGAAAGAGGGAACUUGAGAAGCAGAAGAGAGCAGAACGGGAACAGGAACUGUCAAAGCGGGUGGCCCAGCACUACCUCAGAACCCUGUUACUGCACCGAGGCCUGGCACCAUGGAAACACCUACUGGAGCAAAGCCAUGUCAACACACAGACCCAUGCAGAGAGAGAGGCCAGUGCCAACCAGCUGUAUCACCGGAUCUUACUUCAGAGGGUUGUGUGUAGCUGGAAAAGGUUAAAAGAUCUGCGCUUUAUACUGGAAGCACGUGCAGAGCGGUUUCACAGGACACGGACCCAGAAGAAGGUGUUCAUGGCCCUGAUGGAUCACGCUACAGAGGAGCGAAUCACAGCCUGGGACAAUGAGCAACGGGCAGAGCAGCACAACAGCAGGAGAGCUGUCAAGAAGCGUUUUGCUGGCUGGAGGCGUCUUCCUGUUGUCCUGCGAGAACAGAAAGAAAGAGAGGCACGCAGAGAGCAGCUCAGACGUAAAGUGGCAGAGAUUUUGCCCGACUUCCGCUCCUCCCCUAUUGACUCCCCGUGGCGCUCCGUAAAUCCUCUUUAACUGCACACACAGGCUUUACAUGACAUCAUCAAAUGACACUGAAAACAUCUGCAGCUUGAUGAGCCACCAUGUUUAAUCAUUUUACGCGUGUUUAUUUUUCCAUGGUACAGUUUAAUCGAACAACUUGUAGAAUGGAAUGCAUUACAUUAUAAAACCGUCUCACAUGGGACAAAGAAACAUCCGGAUUCUGAAGUGCUUCUUUAGCAGUUUCUUUAGAAGGCAUUUAAUGAAAGGAAGCCAACUUUGAUUAAAAAACGCUGCAAUAAUUCCUGCACAUCAAAAAAUAGCUGGAUGGGACAUGCCACAGAUUUGUCCCCAGUUGAAGCACAUGAAAAGAAAAUACACACACAGGCACAAAGACCUCAAAUAACAAACAUGAAGCUCCACAUAAAACAUUCAUACUGAGAUGACAGUUUUAAAGCUGUGUGCUGUCUGGAUAUAGAUGCAGUGUUGCAUCACUUCUGAUGUUCCAAAUAGGCACUAAAUAAGGCUUGAUAUUCAAUGUUUGUUCACAUAAGACACACUUUGGAGUUGAGGGAACAAAUAUUAGCCAGUAAAAUCUAUAAUAGAGCCAACUAGCAGUGAAUGUAAACCAAAAAUGUGUGAUAUUUGUUAGUUUGUUUUCCUCUAAUUGUAAAUGCAAGUCACACAUGGUUCCCUAUGAUUGAAAUUACU